AUUCGCAAUAUCCCUAAACACCGCGAACCUCACUGAGGCUGCCCAGGUGGUGUCUAUACUGGAUUAUAUUUUCAGCACCUUCACUACCUAAUACACGCGAAAAUGCACAAGCAAGGAAAGAAAAAUCCUUAUCCAAUCCCAUUCUGCGUCGAGCCUUUGAGACCCCAACAUACACAUACAUUCAUUAUCCUCCAUGGCAGAGGCAGUAAUGCAGAGAAGUUCGGUCGCGAGCUUUUGGCUUCGGCCAAUCUCCCCGCUCGUCUGCCUACUGUGAAGUUCGUCUUUCCCACUGCCUCCAAGCGGCGAUCUACAGUUUUGAAAAAGAUGCCAAUCAACCAGUGGUUUGAUAACUAUAGCUUGGAUGAUCCGAAUCAGAGAACGGAUCUGCAGGCUGAUGGGCUGAUGGAGACGGCAAAGUUCUUGAGAGAAUUGGUUGAUGCUGAAGCACGGGUUCUGGAUAACGGUGCCGGUGAGACGGGACACAAAAGAAUUAUUAUCGGAGGACUGAGUCAGGGGUGUGCUGCUGCCAUUUUUACUCUUCUUGGCGGUGGAUUUGGAGAGAGUGGAAAUGAGAGGCCUGGAGCUUUCUUUGGGAUGAGCGGUUGGCUACCGUUUGAGAAACAGCUGAAUAGUAUGAUGAACGUUCAGGGCAUGAGUAGUGAUCGAGUCCAUGAGACGGAAGAGGAAGAUGAAGAAGAGGAUGACAGUGAAAGUAGUGAUGAUGAUGAUGACCGCUCAGAGAGCGACGUUGGGAUAAAUGUCUCGUUCAAUGACACUGCAAGUGAUAACUUCGCAUCGGAUGCAGAAGUCAAUUUGGCUUCCUUCGACCCAUUUCAGCGUGAUCCUCAGGAUAAUCCCGAAAAUAACAUUGCGGAUGCCCUCAAUUCUGUCCGCGACAUACUGGAUCUUCCACCCGUGGUUAUUGGCCUUUCUGCUCCUGACGACGAUGAUAACGAAACAACCCAUGAAGUGACCACAGAGGCUUUCCCAAUCCUUCAGACACCAAUUUUUCUAGGUCAUGGAUCGGCUGAUUCCAAAGUGUCUGUUCGCUUGGGUGAGAAAAUGGCCGAGCUACUGUCGAAAAAGAUGAAAAUAGAUGUCACAUGGAAGACUUACGAUGGGUUUGGUCACUGGUACAAAGUCCCUGAUGAAAUUGACGACAUUCUGGAAUUCCUGCAGCAAAAUAUUAAUUUGCCAGUUGAGAUGAUAUGGUCUAUCUUUGAAUAUAAUUACACAGCUACGUUUGACAAAGACUUGUCACUUGUUUUAAUCUUGCCUAUCACUCUGACUGUAACUCAUAUUGAUUUAGACCCGUGCUUUUCCGAUGGUACAGUUGUUUAA